AUGACUGAUCUGCUGGCCACUCUACCAGCAAAUGAAGCAAAUUCUAAAGAUCAGCUUUACACCAAGUGCAAGGAAGCUGUGCGUCGCAUGAUCGAUCUCCUGCAGCGACACGGAGGAUCUCAAGAGAUGAACAAGCACAGACAUGGAGCAUUGCUUACCGCUUACGAGCAUGUUGCCAUCUGA